GUUGCAAUCUCUCGCAUACUUACAAAUUUUCCUGUGCUAACAAUUCCACCACUUAUGCUCUCGCAACUUGAAAAGACAAGAUUAUUAAACAAUAAUCCUAAGUUUGCUAUUCCAAUUAACUUUGGUAUGUGA